UGGAAAAUGAAAUCUUGAAUAUGAUUAGGUUGUUUCUGAGAAAUUAAAUUGACCAUAUCAUCUGAAAAUACAGACACCAGACAAAAGGGGGAAUAAUAAUAUUAAGUACUAUUAUUAUUACAUGAAAGGAGUCUUUCUUUAGCCCCUCUUAACAGGAUCGAAGUUGGAGACGCCAAUGACGACGCCAGCAAUGACGGCGACCACAAGCCCACCGGCAACAAUGCUUAGCAAGAAGUUCUUCAGAGACGGCGAGAUACUGUCAGCAGCUUCAGCCACCCCCGGAGUCACCAAGGAUGCCGUCAGUGCGGCUGCCGUCAGUCCGGUAACAGCCUUGUCUUUGAGCGACGCUCUCACUUCGAAAUUCCCGGCUGGUUUUGACGCCGCGAUCGGCUUAGAUUGUCUCGCCGGUGACAUCGGCUUCAAGAAGGAACCAAAGGCGGCCGCGGUUGGCUGCCGCUUGAGGGCCGCAACUGUCAGUGGGGGCAUCACCAUGGAAACCGCACAAGUAGAGGCCAUUUAUUUGCGGUUCGAUCACUUGGCUAUCUCUGCUCUCUUUCGUUUAUUUGGUGGAUGUUUAGAGAAGUUCAGCGAUAUGAUUUUGAUAGGAGAGAGGGGGGAUUGAGUGGGAAAUUAAAUGAGUGGUAGAAAAUGCA